CGAAGCAAGCUACCGGGCACUUCAGUAGCAUACACAGCACUAUCAGAAUAAUACUGAAAUAAAACCUAACAUCAACAACAAAAGAGAAUUAAACAUAACCUCAAGAAUAAAAUCGUAGGCACAUUCGAGCGGAAUUUGAGGGACUUCGAUUGGAAAUAGCACCGAAGCUUGAAGUUGUUCACACUUGUGUAUUGUGUGUCGUGAGUUGCCACACGCUCGCUUCGACAAGGUUGUGACAACAAUUAACAUUCCUACUGAAUAUCAAUUUCCAAUUCGACAUGUCUGGAAAGCCGAGCGUUGUUAUAUUGGGAGGGCUUGGUUUCAUUGGCAGAAAUUUGGUGACAUACCUUGUUGAAAGUGACCUAUGUUCCAAGAUAAGAGCUGUUGACAAAGUACCACCACAGACUGCAUGGCUAAAUGAGAGACAUAAGAAAGCCUUUGAAAACAAUGUUGUGGAAUUUAAAAGUGCCAAUCUUGUUCAUGAAGCAUCGGCGGAAAAAGCAUUCGCGGAGGCCUCGUUUGACUAUUGCAUCAACUUAGCUGCUGAGACUAAGUAUGGACAAAGUGAAGAGGUAUAUAAAGAAGGUGUUGUGAAAUUGUCAUUGAAUUGUGCCAGGCAGGCUGCGAAAUCCAACGUAAAGAGAUUCAUUGAAGUUUCCACAGGUCAAAUCUAUGCUGGGGAUAAGAAAGGAAGUGUGGAAAACAGCAAGCUGUCUCCUUGGACGCUUCAAGCAAAAUACAAGAUGGUAGUGGAAGAAGAAUUGGCAAGUGUCGAUGGAUUAAAUUACGUGAUCGUUAGGCCUGGCAUAGUGUAUGGUUUGGGAGAUAAACAAGGAUUAACACCGAGAAUUAUUAUUGGCGCUGUGUAUAAGCAGUUAGGAGAAAAAAUGAAGUUGCUAUGGACGAAGGAUUUACGAAUGAAUACAGUGCAUGUUGAUGACGUAUGUCGAGCGUUGUGGCAUUUGACUGAACAUGGUGCUGCCGGGGAGAUUUAUAAUCUUGUCGAUAAUGGCGAAACAACUCAAGGUAUAAUCUCUGAUCUUGUUUGCCAGUUGCUGGGAAUUGAGCACGACUAUCAUGGUACAAUUAUAUCAAACUUCGCUCGCCUGAAUAUGACUGAUAUUGUGGAUGAAUCCAAUGAGAAACAUUUGGAACCUUGGUCAGAGGCUUGCCAACGUGAUGGCAUUGAAAAUACGCCACUUAGUCCAUAUUUGGAUCAGGAACUGCUGUAUGAGAAACAUCUUUCAUUAGAUGGUAGCAAGCUGGAGGGAACAGGAUUUAAUUGUGAACAUAGACAACCAACAACUGGAAACCUGAAAGAGGUUCUGGAAGAUUACGUGAAGCUUGGCUUGUUUCCACCCUCUCUGGCAGAAAUGAAUUAAUCCAGCCGUUUGGCUUUGAGAUAUAUGCAUUGCUAAAUGAAUUAUAGAAGAAUAUAUUGACUUAAAAGAAACGAUCGUUUUUGAAAGUAAUCAAUUGCAAUAUCUUGCUUCGGCGUGGUAUAAAGUACUACUUCUACGUAAUAAAACGCCCUAUUUCAGCUAUACAAAGAGGACAUGAGACUAUAGGGAGAAGCUAUAUAGGGAGACAUGGGACUAUUAGACUGUUUAUUACGUUCAUACUUUUGUAGUCAAUUAACUUUAUUUACCUCACAAUGAUGACUAUCACAGUCAUUAUAUCAAUACCAUUUUUUGGUAAGGUUUAUUCGUUGAUUUUGUAUUUUCGCGUUUUGAUGCAUUGGAUCCAUGGGAUAAAGUAAUAUAUGUCCCAAAAUGCAAACUAAAGGAUGUAAAAUUUGCUAUGAAGAAUAAAUGCUGCAAAAAAUCGCU